AUGAUCAAAUAAGAACAAGAUAAGAACAUUUGGGAAUGGGUUCCAUGUAAUUAUGAUGUAAAGCGAAUUGUAAAGGAUACUCAAACAUCUUGGAAUUUGAGUCCAUAAAUUUCACUUAAGAUUCCUGCAGAGAAUGGGACCAUAGAUCCACUCAUUAAUAUCAAAAUAGAUCAGAGCAGACCAUUUAUAUAUACAGACAAUUUAGGUUGGAAUUGGCAUAAGAGUUGGAAUCUUCCAGAUAUAGGUUUGGAAAUGGAAGUAUAUUUUUUAUAUGUUAUAACAUAUAAUAGAUUACAGACCCCUUAACAAAUGAGCGUCUUGCACCUCCAAACAAUAUUUAUGUAUCUAUCAAAAUUAUAGCAAGUGUAAACUCUAAAUUGUUAAACCAAUAAUAACUCCAAUGAAAACACAUCAUCUCUUGGAAGUAGGAGCCAAAGGAAAUCUUAAAGUGGAUAUGGAGAAUGGGAAAUGUAUCUUCUCCGGACUUAAGUUUAAUACUACUUCUUAUAAUCAUGAUGUAAUAAAGUAUAAAAAUAGGAUCAGCAUUAACGAUUUCAUAUAGUGAUUACAUUGUAUUUAUGUUAGAAUAAGUUUGAAUUUCCUUAGAUCUUAGAUUCUCGUAUAUCCCCUCCAAUUUUUGUAGAUUCACGUAAAUCUGCUAGAGAUAUUUUUAAACAGAAGGUAAAAUUGACCAAAUUAUUAAAAAGAUCUAAAAAUUACAAUCAUAUUUCGAUCCAUUUUUGCCAAAUAAUUUGGAGAAAUAAUUUUUAAUAAUCAAACCUUAAAAUUCUGAAGUAAUUAAAAAUUCUAUUGAUGGACUCAUAAAUUAUUUCACUGCUCCUAAUAUUCGGCAUAAAGUUAAGCAUCCCAUUUUCUUGCUUCUCAAAUUCAGUGCUUGUAUCUCGUUGUAUGUAAAUUCUGCCAAAAUCAAAUUUACAGAAGUAUAUUACUAUAUCAUUAUAUAAAAUAGCCAGAAAAUUUAAUCUAAACAUUAUAACAUGUUCUUUCUACUAGCAAUGCAUUAUAAGGAAUUCAAAAGAUAGAAUAAAAAUUAAUCAUUUUAUAUAUUGAUUGUAAAAAUAAUGAAACCAAAUCUCAAUAAAAUAUGAAGAAAAUUUAAGAAUUUCUUGAUCCUCUUAAUAAUGAUUGUGUUUAAGUCAUAAUGGAUAUUAAUGAUAUACCUAAAGGAUUUACAUAAAUUUAAAAUUUAGUAAUUAUUAUUAAUAUAUAUAUAUAGGAUGAUAUUUAAGAAGCUUAUCAUAGAAUUUACAAUUCUUUAUUGAAAUAUAAAAGGGAAGAUGAUUAAAUUGAUUAAGAAUAAUUAGAGGAAGAAUAUAAUGCAAAAAUACCAGAAAAAAAGAAGAAAAAGGAACUUAAAGAAUCUGAAUAAUUGGUUAAUCCUGAGAGAAUAAGAAAAAUUAUUCAUAUUUCAGGUAGUCUUCCUAAUCAAAGUUCAAAUUCGAUGCCUGAACAAGAAAGUGUAUGCAUUUGUAUGUAAUCACUUAGAAUCAAAUUAAAAUGGAAUAAUAAUUCUCUAUUUCCAAUAAUGUUUAAUUGAGACUACCAACCUAAGAAUAAUCAUAGUAGUAUUUGCAAUCAUAACAACUGCAAUAACAAUAAAUUUAAUAGAAUUUAGCCUUUAAUCCUAUGUCGUUAUGGUUAUAUCUAUAAAAACUUCCUUCAUGA